UUACUCUUCGCUGCCACAUCUCCUCCACCUGUUCCCCUUUCUCCUUCCCUUCUCUUCAUCUCCAAAGCUCCAUCUCUAUCGCUUCUAUCUCCCUCCUCCUUUUCCUGUCUCUUUUCCUUCUCUCUUUCUAAUAUUUUCUAUCUCCUUUUCUAUCUUCUAUGCUUCUUGCUCUCUCGUUUACCAACCCCGAAGCAGUCUCAGUCAAAAACUCCUGAAAACUACUGCAAAAACCUAAACAGUGGUUUUCCGGCUACCGAACAGUCUGAUGAACAGAUCUGAUCCACGUCUCAUAUGGGCUUCUUAAGAGCUCCAGAAAGCUUGUUUUUCUCUAAGUCAUGGAUCACUUCACGACUGUAAAUAGAACGAGACAGAUAAAGAUGAAGUUGGAUGCUCCGAGAUCUCCGUGAGCGUUAUUUUAUUUUGUUUUUUAGCCUGGUGAAAUUAGUUGUCAAAGUCCAUUCUUCAAAAGCUUCGACUUCUUACUACUUGUUCCUCUUGUUCUCGUUGCUUGGCACGUAUGAACAAAUACAUAGUCUGGAGCUACCCUUGUCUGAAAUUCAAAUCUUAGUCUUUUCUGCCCGUGUACUACUUGUAAAAAUCUGAUUAGCCUUCUCAGACUGCAGCACAGAAUCUAGUAAACGCUUUCCCUCCAGGGGAAAAAAAAGUAAACUCUAUAUAAGACCCCAAUCCAGUUAUCCAGACCAUAGAGAAGUAGAGCUAUGGAGAGAGCGCUUGACUUGUUAUUGUAGAGUGAAGGAGUUCUAUAGCUAUUAGGGUUUUCCGUUAGUGAAGUAUGCCUUCCGGAAUCAUGAUUCCACCAAGACAUGUGCCGCCAUUGAUGGGAAUGAACGGAAAGGUCGCUGGAUUUAGUUCGUCUUCUGGGCUUACGCUCGGUCAGGCAGCAAACAUGUUGGAUGGUCAGCAACACCAGCUCGAGAUGACCCAGACCACACCCGAAAACGAGAUGGCGAAGAUCAGAGAUGAUGAGUUCGAGAGCAAGUCCGGCAGCGAAAACAUCGAAGGAGGUGGCUCCGGUGACGAACAAGAUCCUAGCCAGCGUCCAAGAAAGAAGCGUUAUCAUCGUCAUACUCAGCACCAAAUCCAGGAAAUGGAAGCUUUCUUCAAGGAGUGCCCUCACCCAGAUGACAAGCAAAGGAAGGAGCUGAGCCGUGAAUUAGGGUUAGAGCCUUUGCAGGUCAAAUUUUGGUUCCAGAACAAGCGCACCCAAAUGAAGACCCAGCAUGAGCGUCAUGAGAACACACAUCUGAGAACCGAGAACGAGAAACUACGGGCGGAGAACAUGAGAUACAAAGAAGCCCUGAGUAAUGCAUCAUGUCCUAACUGCGGUGGCCCUACUGCCCUUGGCGAAAUGUCAUUCGACGAGCAUCAGUUGAGGCUUGAAAAUGCUCGGUUAAGAGAAGAGAUCGACAAGAUCUCGGGAAUUGCUGCAAAAUAUGUGGGCAAGCCUUUGGUCUCCUACCCUCUUAUCUCUCCCCCCAUUCCUCCCCGCUCCCUUGACUUGGGUGGUGGAAACUUCGGGGCGCAGCCCGGUGUUGGAGGGGAAAUGUAUGGAGCAGGCGAUCUCCUUAGAUCUGUAUCUGGGCCUAUCGAGGCUGAUAAGCCUAUGAUUAUUGAACUUGCUGUAGCAGCAAUGGAGGAACUCAUCAGGAUGGCCCAACUAGGCGAACCCUUGUGGGUGCCUUCAAUGGACAAUUCUACUGAGAUCCUGUCCGAAGAUGAAUACAUCAGAACGUUUCCAAGGGGAAUCGGACCAAAACCCUCUACAUUCAAGACUGAAGCUUCUAGGGAAACUGCUAUUGUUAUCAUCAACCAUGUUAACCUUGUUGAAAUGCUUAUGGAUGUGAACCAGUGGUCGAGUGUGUUUUCUGGCAUUGUCUCAAGGGCCAUGACACUAGAAGUUCUGUCAACCGGAGUAGCAGGAAACUACAAUGGAGCCUUGCAAGUGAUGACAGCAGAAUUCCAAGUCCCUACACCACUGGUUCCGACUAGAGAGAGUUACUUUGUUAGGUAUUGUAAACAGCAUGCUGAUGGGACUUGGGCGGUGGUCGAUGUUUCCUUGGAUCAUUUACGCCCUGGACCUGUGUUAAGGUGCAGAAGAAGGCCUUCAGGCUGUCUAAUCCAAGAAAUGCCAAAUGGAUAUUCGAAGGUUAUAUGGGUCGAACAUGUAGAGGUGGAUGAUAGAGGUGUUCACAGCAUGUACAGAGGGCUAGUUAAUUGUUAUCUUGCAUUUGGCGCGAAGCGUUGGAUUGCUACUUUAGAUCGACAGUGUGAACGCCUUGCAAGUGUAAUGGCAACUAAUAUUCCUUCUGGAGAUAUUGGUGUCAUAACAAGUCCAGAUGGGAGAAAGAGCAUGUUGAAGCUGGCUGAAAGGAUGGUGAUAAGUUUUUGUUCUGGGGUGAGUGCUUCUACUUCUCACACAUGGACUACAUUAUCUGGAAGUGGCGCUGAAGAUGUAAGAGUCAUGACCAGAAAGAGCAUAGAUGAUCCAGGCAGGCCUCCUGGUAUUGUGCUGAGUGCUGCCACUUCCUUCUGGCUUCCAGUCCCACCAAAGAGAGUUUUUGACUUCCUGCGUGAUGAGAACUCCCGAAGUGAGUGGGACAUCCUUUCAAACGGAGGUGUUGUUCAAGAAAUGGCGCAUAUUGCUAAUGGCCGUGAUCCAGGCAACUGUGUCUCCCUGUUGAGAGUUAAUAGUGCAAAUUCAAGCCAGAGCAACAUGUUGAUAUUACAGGAGAGCUGUACUGACUUGACAGGGUCUUUUGUGAUCUAUGCUCCUGUGGAUAUUGUUGCAAUGAAUGUGGUUCUCAAUGGCGGAGACCCAGACUAUGUAGCUCUCCUGCCUUCAGGAUUUGCCAUACUGCCUGAUGGGUCAACAGUUCAUGCAGGAAUUGGUGGGGUUGGCUCUGGUGGAUCUCUUCUGACUGUUGCAUUUCAGAUAUUGGUUGAUUCAGUCCCGACUGCUAAACUCUCUCUCGGAUCAGUUGCUACCGUUAACAGCCUCAUCGCUUGCACUGUUGAUAGGAUCAAGGCUGCAGUUUCAUGUGAGAACGCAUGAACCCAAAAUGGCUACCGAAUCGUCGAGCAGAGUGGAAUAAAAGAUAGAAGAACCAAAGAGAAGGGAGUCAAUGGAGGUGGGUAUGGAACUGUGGAUUUUGAAUGACGGAUUGAAGUCAAGAGCGAACCUUACCCGACCCGUGGUGGCGUUUACUUGGGUACCGUAUGACAAAACGGCUGGGGCACAAUCAUCAUCACCUCGCAAGGGAAAUGGUUCGGGUAUUGACUUCGCCAAAACGGAGUCAGAAAAGAUACUAAUUACUGUAGUUUGAUCCAUAGAGUUAGGGUUUUGACUUACGAAUCUUGAUCUUUUGCUUCGACUGUGUCUGUUCUCUUGUAUCCUUUUGUCUUCUCCAAUUCCGUGUGGUUUUGAAGCGUCUGGUGAUUGGAGUCGAACCAGUACUAGUGGCAAACAUUUGUUUCUGUCUUUGAUAAUAGUGUCUUCAAUAUAAGAUCCCAUUAAAUUAGCUAUCUAGGUUUGGCCUAUUUUCUUUUGUUGGUUCCUAGCCCAAUCCCAAUGAUGCCUUGUAUCAAGAAUGGAAUAUUGGAUUGAUUGGAAGCUUCAAAUCAAA